AUGCCCGUCGCUGCCCCUUCCCCCGACCGUACCCGCCCCCUCGAGGACGACAAGGUCACGGGCUACGACCCGCUGAUCUCGCCCGACCUUCUCCGCCACGAGAUCCCGGUUCCCCCCGCUGCGGCCGCGACCAUCACUGCUGCUCGCCGCACCGCGUCGCAGAUUGUGCGUGGGCGUGACCCCCUCGACCGUCUGCUCGUCGUCGUCGGCCCCUGCUCGAUUCACGACCCUGAGCAGGCUCUCGAGUACGCCAAGCGCCUCCGCGCUGGCGUGCAGGAGAACCGCUGGCCCGGCCUCGAGGUCGUCAUGCGCGUUUACUUUGAGAAGCCCCGUACCACCGUCGGGUGGAAGGGCCUGAUCAACGACCCGGACAUUGACAACUCGUUCCAGAUCAACAAGGGUCUCCGUACCGCCCGCAAGCUCCUCUGCACCAUCCUCGAGAUGGGCCUGCCUGUGGGCUCUGAGCUGCUCGACACCAUCUCGCCCCAGUUCAUUGGUGACCUCGUCACCUGGGGUGCGAUUGGCGCCCGUACCACCGAGUCGCAGCUCCACCGCGAGCUCGCGUCGGGCGUGUCGUUCCCCGUCGGCUUCAAGAACGGCACCGACGGUGGUGUUACUGUCGCCAUUGACGCUAUGCAGUCGGCGUCGCACCCGCACAGAUUCCUCGGCAUCAACAAGCAGGGCAUGGCUUCCAUUGUCAAGACGAGCGGCAACCACGACGUGCACGUCAUCCUGCGUGGCGGCUCUCACGGCCCCAACUUUGACGAGGCCAGCGUCCAGACCGCCCUCACUGCCAUGAAGAAGAAAAACCCCGAGGCCCACGCGUCCAUCAUGGUCGACUGCAGCCACGGUAACAGCAACAAGGACCACCGGAAUCAGCCCAAGGUCGCUUCCGAGGUGGCCAAGCAGAUUGCUGCUGGUGAGCUCGGCAUUACGGGGAUCAUGAUCGAAUCGCACCUCAACGAGGGCAAGCAGAGCUCGGAUCUCCCCCGUGACCAGAUGAAGUACGGCGUCUCGAUCACCGACGCUUGCAUCGACUGGGAUGUGACGGUCACCACCCUCGACGAGCUCAACCAGGCCUCGAUGGUGCGCCGCGAGAAGCUUGCCUCCACUGGCGUCCAGGCCAGUCACUCGGCCGUCGCCCGCGUCCAGACCCCGUAG